UCUAGGCUACCAAUGACACACUCAGAGCGGCUCGUCUUGGUAAUCGGACUCAGCUAGCGAAUGACCGGCGGAGAUACAUCGGCGAUUUGGCGUUCACCUCGGUCGCCCAUGAACAAACAGAGAUCUAGCAGGCUCUGUUUCCAACAUUGCCACACAGCCCUAAUUACGAUUCUACUUUUUGAGGGUGACUAAACCAGCCAUUCUUGUGUGUGCCGAUUCGCGCUACACCAAGCCGGGUUGAUCGGGGCCUUCUGGAAUAUAAACCACAGUGUAGUUCUUGACUCCCAGCGACCUUCGGCCUCAUGCGGUAGAAGUCCAGUGGCACCCAAGUUCUAAUCAGCAGAGGAAAGUGUGCCCGGGUGAGUGACCGGAGGCUGGGGAUUAUCUAGAGUUGCCCGUGGACUUCACAGUAUAAAAAGAACAUGGGCGAUGUUGGUGGAUUUGGUCGGGUGGUGCAACCCGCCGCGGUUGAGGGCAGGAGCAUGGCCGUGUUGUAUGGGAGCGAGACUGGACUGGCCGAGGACAUUGCGGGUGAGCUAGGCAAGACUACCGAACGGUUGCAUUUCCAGACCACGGUGGAUGAGAUGGACAGCUUCAAACUGGCAGACAUAGUUCGCUCCUCGCUCGUCGUCUUUGUCACGUCAACAACUGGGCAAGGUGAUAUGCCAAAAAACACACUCAAAUUUUGGAAAAACCUCAGGCGCGAGAAACUCAACAACACCAACUGCCUCCGGUCGCUACGGUUUGCCAUAUUCGGGCUGGGGGAUAGCUCAUAUCCGAAAUUUAACUGGGCUGCGAGGAAGCUGCGAGCGAGGCUCCUGCAACUUGGCGCAACAGAAUUCUUCAGGCCCGGGGAAGGAGACGAGCGGCACGAUAACGGCAUUGACAGCAUCUAUCUCCCAUGGUACGAGGAGUUUAAGAAGACGUUGCUCGCCGACUAUCCCCUCCCAGACUCCCUGAGCCCCAUCCCAGACAACGCCCAACUCCCGCCUAAAUAUCCCGUACAGCUGCUCUCGAUCAUGGACGGCACAGGUCAUUUUCGUGGCAGCGUGGGUGGAGCGUCGCUGACCGAAGAUGAGCGCCUGUUCCUCGCUUCGAAGACCCAAAGCGCUGAUCGCUCUCACGUCGACAACCCCCAGACAAGCCCGGAAAAGGCGCGGGAGGACUGGUUGCGGCUGAAUCCCACCUUCCCAGCCGACUUCGUCCGCCGAGAUGGGCUCUUUGAGAAAGAUUCGCCACGAGAUUUCGGCACGAUGGAUAAGGGCAAUCAACUCAAGGACCACCCGGAGAAGUAUCUCCUCGAGCGACAGCCUGCCCAUAUACCGGAAUGCCCGCCGGAAGACUUGCUCCCCAUCCCGAAUACCUGUGUAGGCAGGCUGUUGCACCAUGCUCGAGCCACACCGGUCGAUCACUGGCAAGAUGUGCGUCACCUUGUCUUCGACCUUGACAUAGGCAGCAAAACGUUUCCCGACAUCAUGAGCUCAAGCGGUAGUCUCACUCUCGUCAUCUGGCCCAAGAACUAUCCGGAAGAUGUCGACGAGUUAAUUCUCCAGAUGGGAUGGGAAGCAGAGGCGGACGCUCCUCUCCAGCUCAAAGGCGUUCCUCGUGGACUGCAUGCGAAGGAUCGUGUUACCACCCUGCGGCACCUCUUGACCCACAACUUGGACAUCACCGCUGUUCCCAAGCGAACCUUCAUUAGGGAAUUACUCCAUUUCACCGAGGAUGAAAGGGAGCAAGAACGGAUCGCGGAGCUCGUCGAGCCCGGGAACGAGCAGGAGUUCUACGAUUAUACGUGUCGUCCUCGCCGGACUAUCCUGGAACUGCUGCGAGACUUCACGGGCGUGAAGAUACCAUAUAGCAGGGUUCUCGAUAUGUUUCCAGUCAUCCGUGGCCGUGAAUUCAGCGUCUGCAACGGAGGUCUGGGCUUUAAUGAAGUCGACCAGAGCUGCCACGUUAAAAUCGAGAUCUUGGUCGCUCUAGUCGAAUACAAGACCAUUAUCCGCAGGCCGCGUCAGGGUCUCUGCUCUCGCUACCUCAAACACCUCAAUGCCGGCACCCGGUUGGCACUCCAACUGAAACCAUCAAGCUCCCACCUCGUACGGAACGAUGUAGAAGCAAGACGGCCUCUGAUCGCUAUCGCCACCGGCACCGGCAUCGCUCCAAUCCGCGCUGUCAUCCAGGAGCGCGACUGCUAUGGUGUCGCCGGCGACACGAUGCUCUUCUUCGGCGCUCGCAACCGUUCCGCCGACUUCCACUUCGGCCACGAAUGGAGCUCGUAUCCCAACCUCAGGGUCUUGCCGGCCUUCUCGCGCGACAACAUCAAACCCGAACCCGAGACCACCGUCACCAGCACCACCACCCCGGCGCCGACCGACCCUCUCGCCGCCGCGCUAGAGACUGUCUACCCUGUCCAGUAUGACGCCCACAAGAACUACGUGCAGCACCUGAUCCGGGCGCACGCCGACGACGUCGCCGCCCUGAUGCGCAGGCAUCCGUACGUGCUGAUCUGCGGCAGCAACGGGCGCAUGCCCAUCUCGGUGCGCAACGCCUUGCUGGACGUGCUGGUCCUCAGCAAGAUGUGCGAGGACAAGGAGGCGGCCGAGAAGUGGCUGUCCAACCCGGGGAAUGUCAGCAUGUGGCAGGAAACGUGGUAAAGGGG